AAUAUUUUGUAAACUAUUUCUUAUUUAUUUACGAAAUUUAAAGUGUGUAGAAAUGCAGAAAUCAAACGAAAGAGAUUUUGAAGAAGUUUAUAGUCGAUGCUUUAAAGAUCUCGGCAUAAAAACUGUAUCUGGGAUCAUGCUGGGCACGCUUCUCAGCAGCUUCUUCCUCCGCAACGCUCGCUGGCCGGCCAUCUUGGGCGGCAGUUUCGGCGUCGGCCUCUCCUACGUCCGCUGCGAGCAGAGCCUCAACGAGUACGUGAGGAACGCCAACGCCAAGCCCUGCUUCUUGAAGUAGAUCUGAAAUAAACGGUUUAUUUGCA